AGAUUUAUUAUCAUGUUUUGAUUUGUAAUCGGUCAUGUGUUCAUUAUUACUCAUUAAUGUUUGGAGGUAAGAUCAUGAGAGUGGUUCUUCAAGGUAAAAAUUUUCCUAAAGUUUAUUCAAGAUUAAUUGAUAAAAAGCAAUGAGCGAGUAAUGUGCUUAUUGUCACGCUCUCAUCUUUUGGGAGAAUACAGUUACAUUUGGUUUUAUUUAUCGUCGAUUAUCGCUUAAAAUUUCAUUCAACUUGUGGUUCUGUUAUAUCAACUCGUUAAUUAUGGAUGUUUCCAAGAAAUAUGUGGCAGUUGGAAUCCUCUGUUUUAUCAAUUUGAUCAAUUACAUUGAUCGAUUUGCUGUGGCUGGAGUUUUACCAGAUAUCAAAGAUUAUUACAGCCUUAGUAAUGCUCAAGGUGGUUUAUUACAAACUGCUUUCAUUUUUAGCUACAUUUUUAUGGUACCAAUAUUUGGAUUGCUGGCUGACCGGUAUUCCAGAAAAAAAUUAAUGGCCAUGGGUUUACUCUUUUGGUUCAUAAUAAUAUAUCUGGGAUCCUUUAUUCCUAGAGAAUGCGGCAAUUUGUUCAUUUUCCUGAGAGCCAUGGUUGGAAUUGGUGAAGCUAGUUAUUCAACAAUAGCUCCAACAAUUAUUGCUGAUCUAUUCUAUGGCAGUUACAGAACCAAACUUUUGGGUUCAUACUUUUUCGCUAUUCCCGUUGGUUCUACUUUAGGUUAUGUUGUUGGAGAUUUUCUUGCUAAAACAUUAGGAAGUUGGAAAUAUGCUCUUCGACUGACUCCGUUAUUGGGUUUUAUCUCUGUUUUUUUAAUGUUAUUAUAUUUAGAGGAACCUCCAAGAGGUCAAUUUAUUGGUGUUAAAUAUUCAGAAAGAAAUAAUUUCAAAGUAAAUUUAUCCUUUUUGUCAAAAUUUCCUUCCUAUAUCUGGUCAACUCUUUUUUUCACUUUUUUAUGUUUCACCACUCAUUCUUUGUUAUGGAUAACUCCACUUUUUAUUCAAGCUAUUUUUAAAUUUCGAGAUGUCCAUGUCCAUCAAAGAUCUUUAACUAAAGCACAAUCUAUGAUUGAAUCAAAUUCUGCUCUUCAUGACAAAGCAUAUAAUCUAUGCAGACAGUUCCUGUCGGGGUCUUGGAAGGACAUCAAAGAAGAUGAAUUGGUUUUCCACUCAAUCAGUGGUGGCCUCAGCAACAGUUUAUAUCGGUGUUCAUUGCCAUCGACUCAUACACCAUUGUGUGGAGAGCCAAGUCAGGUUCUCCUUCGGAUGUAUGGACAACUCCAUUCAGAUGACCCAAGUCAAAAUAUAAAUAAAAUGACAGAAUCAGUCAUUUUCAUGAUGUUGUCUGAAAGAAAACUUGGCCCCAAGCUGUAUGGGAUUUUCCCUGAAGGACGGCUUGAAGAAUAUAUUCCGGCACAAGCUCUGACAUGUGAACAACUUCGAGAUCCUGUUAUUUCAGCAACCAUUGCCCAUAAACUAUCUCAUGUUCACCAACUUGAUGUACCUAUCAAUAAAGAACCCACAUGGCUGUUUGACACAAUACAUUUGUGGUUGGACAGUAUUCAUAAAAUAGAUGUGAAGAUGAUUAAAAAAGAUUAUCAAAAUUUAGUGAAAGAAUUGAUAGAGUUUCCUUAUGAAGAAGAAAUAACAUGGUUGAGAAAUUUUCUUUCCUCUAUUGAAUCUCCCGUAGUUUUCUGUCAUAAUGAUCUUCAAGAGGGUAACAUUUUACUUCCAACAAAACAAACCAAGAGUCGCCUUUCUAGUGGGUCUAAAAAUCAAUUAACUAAGAGUUUAUUGGAACCCAACCUUAUCUUUAUUGAUUUUGAGUACUGUGCUUAUAAUUAUCGUGGCCAUGAUAUAGCCAAUCAUUUUAACGAAUGGACCAUGGAUUAUUCAGCACCCGAGUUUCCUCAUUUUUAUUAUAAUCCACAAGAUUAUCCAAGUGAAACUCAAAGGCGAUUCUUUGUUAAGGAAUAUAUUAAAGCCAUUGAUAAAUCAAAUCUAAAUCCGGAGAUUGACACCGAAGAUCACAUACUACGCGAAGCUGAAAUUUUCACACUUGCAUCUCAUUUCUUAUGGAUCCUUUGGAGUAUAGACCAUGGAUACUCAUCAAAAAUUGCUUUCGGUUAUUGGGAAUAUGGCCAAUUGCGCUUGAAAAAUUAUUUGGACAAAAAGAGAGAACUUAUUGACCUGCGAGAAAAAGGAUUAUUGUAAUCAAAAUCAUCAUCACUGCCUUGUGAACCCGAUACUUAAACAAUCUCACCUAAAUGGCAUUUUGCUUAAGUCAGAAUCAUUUGAUUCAAUAGAUUGAGACAUUUAUGAACAUUUAUCAGUUCAUUUAUGGGCUGAUUAUCCGUCCUCGUUUUCCUCUCCUGUUAUGAACGCAGAAAAUUAUUAUUUUACAAGAUUUUAAAUAUUUUGUUAAUUUUCAAGGUUGGAAAUAUAGUCAUUUUUGAACAUUUCAAAUCAA